AAGUAAAGAGUUAAUUGAAAAACAAAUAAAAUCACAAAAAUCCAGUAGUCAAGCCUCAAGUGCUAGUCAACCAGUGAGAAAACAACUAAGUGGUGAAAGCCAGUUAAAAGCACAACAGCAGCACGUAAACCUUCCGCCGAGGAAAUCUCCCCACUAG